ACAUACAUAUAUCUGCAAUAAUACGUACGCACACAUACACGCACACACGAGUACAGUCGCAAGUUGCGACUCGCAACGCCAUACAAAAAGUUGGAACUGAGUGGAAUCGGAGCGAUAUAUAGCCAACCGAUCCCUUCCAGAGUGCCGGACGAGUAGUUCCCAACCGAUCCCACGACCCCGAGCCGAUGUCGUUGCGGAAAUAGAGCGUUUCGCAGCCCAAACAAUAUGAUAAACCCAAUUGCGUCCGAGUCGGAGGCCAUUAAUUCGGCCACCUAUGUGGACAACUAUAUUGAUUCCGUGGAGAAUCUACCGGAUGACGUUCAGCGCCAGUUAUCCCGUAUCCGCGACAUAGACGUUCAGUACAGAGGCCUUAUUCGGGACGUGGACCACUACUACGACUUGUAUCUGUCGCUGCAAAACUCCCCAGAUGCCGGGCGACGGUCCAGAAGCAUUUCGCGAAUGCACCAGAGUCUCAUUCAGGCUCAAGAGCUGGGCGAUGAAAAAAUGCAAAUUGUCAACCAUAUGCAGGAGAUAAUCGAUGGAAAGCUGCGCCAGCUGGACACGGACCAGCAAAACCUGGAUCUGAAAGAGGAGCGCGAUCGGUAUGCGUCACUCAUUGAGGAUGGCCAGGCGUCAAAGCUGCAGCGUCUACAGAGCCCAAUGCGAGAGCAGGGUAACCAAGCAAUCGCUGGUAAUGGUGGCCUGAAUGGUAAUGGCUUGCUGUCUGCUAAGGACCAUUAUGCCUUGGGCGGCUACGCUGGAGGUGUUGUGUCCGGUUCUAGUGCCAUGCCCUCCGGUAACGGCGGUAGCUCGACGCCAAACUCAGAGCGCUCCAGUCAUGUCAGUAAUGGAGGCAACGGGGGCUCUAAUGGCAACGUUAGCGGAGGAGGUGGUGUUGGUGGAGAUCUGCAGCGAACAGGCAGCAAGCGAUCAAGGAGGCGAAAUGAAAGCCUGGUCAAUAACGGCAGCUCCUUGGAGAUGGGCGGCAACGAGUCGAACUCGGCCAAUGAGGCCAGCGGCAGCGGUGGUGGCAGUGGAGAGCGUAAAUCUUCGUUGGGAGGCGCUGGUGGAGCGGGACAAGGACGCAAGGCCAGCCUACAGGCAGCAUCUGGCAGCCUGGCUAGCGGUUCUGCUGCUUCGAACAGUGGUGCAGCAGGAGGAGGCGGUGCCAGUGGAAGCGGAACGGGAGUAGUCGGCGGUGGCAACAAUUCCGGAAAGAAAAAGAAACGCAAAGUUCGCGGCUCUGGGGCUUCAAAUGCUAAUGCCAGUACGCGCGAGGAAACGCCGCCGCCAGAGACAAUUGAUCCGGACGAGCCGACCUAUUGUGUCUGCAAUCAAAUAUCCUUUGGUGAGAUGAUUUUGUGCGACAACGAUCUGUGCCCCAUCGAGUGGUUCCACUUUUCGUGCGUGUCCCUGGUGCUAAAGCCGAAGGGCAAGUGGUUCUGCCCCAAUUGCCGCGGAGAACGGCCCAACGUGAUGAAGCCGAAAGCGCAGUUCCUUAAGGAAUUAGAGCGCUACAACAAGGAGAAAGAGGAGAAGACCUAGUCUACUAGGCCAGCGAACCCAGCCCAUUGCUCUGUGUCAAACACCAGGCUCUGUAAAAUAUUCGAUCCUAAGAUUUACCUUAAUGUAUAUUUAAUGACUCGCGUGUACCCGAUCCUUCUCCAAUUUCCCACUUCUACCAUACAGUUGAAAUCCCCUGCUUCAGUGGUUAAAGGUCGUCAGUUUUCAUUUAAAGUUUCUGUACAAAAUAAUACCUUUCUCUAUGUAAACACAAACACACACAAACUCGUAUAUUUAGAGUACACCCUAAUUUAAUUUACGGUAAUAAACGUUGAUAUUCAAAAAACCCACAAUGAUUUCUUGGCCCCAAGGACCCAGUAUUUGCACCGAUUUUUUAGUUUUACGAAUCUAUUUGUUUUAAUUGUCGUUUAGCAGACUAAGGCAUUCGAUUUAUACAUUAGUAUAAUUAAUCGUGUAUAAAAGUUUGUAAAAUAUAUAAAUUUAUAAAAACUA